CUCCGCGCGGCACAGACAAGUGCGCUCUCGAUACACACUCCUAGUUCACUCGUACAAUCGCGAUGCCGAUGGCGGCUAUUCACACGUACCAAAACCUUGGCGUCGAUCAGAAAUUGACGCACCUACAAUCUCAGGCUCCCCGGAGAUUAGCACCUGCUCCAGUGGAUCCUAGUCGCUGCAAGAAAAAAUCUUAUCUUCACCAGCCUUAUCCGGCACAACCUGCCUCCGUAGCACGCAGGAACGCUCGAGAGAGGAACAGAGUGAAACAAGUAAAUAAUGGUUUUGCGGCAUUACGUCAGCACAUCCCGUCAGCUGUCUCUGCAGCCCUAGCUGGAGGAAGAGGAUCUUCACGGAAACUAAGUAAAGUGGAUACUUUAAGACUAGCGGUAGAGUACAUCAAAAGUUUGAAGCGGUUAUUAGAGGAGAGCGAGGAAGGAUGCUCCGAGUCUCAGUCGGGAUUAGUACUCAGCAGCAGUGGACCGCACACUCCACCACUAUCUGAAGAGUCCCACUCGCCAGCUCCCUCCUUUGUGUCUGAAAGUUCAGCGGGGCCGAGCUGUCAUGAUGCCUACGAUUCCUACGAGCCCAUGAGUCCUGAAGAUGAAGAGCUUCUCGACGUUAUAUCAUGGUGGCAGCAGCAGUGAUUGAAGGAACCGUACUCUGCGGUGAUCAAAGUGCGGCCAAUCAGCGGCUUGGUGAUUAUGAAAAAACGAGUAAUCCUCAAGAAGGAGCCGAGCAUCGGAGCGCGAGGGCUCCGAGAGAACCUCUAAUUAAGCGCAAUCAGUAUAUUCCUAAUGAGAGGGGAUAAUGGUGGACUGUAACGACCCCAUCGAUGCAUUCCUCCGAGUGACUGGACACCAAACGAAUACCCCACUGCAUUUCCCACAUCGAUGGAAUAGCACUAAGAAGACUGAAUCGAUCAUUUACUUGUUCCACUUAAGCAUUUAGUUAUAUUGUAGGUGACUCGACAUUACGCUGUGCCUUAGUGUAGCCUUACGGAUUACUACUUCCACUUAGAAUGUAAUCUUUACAAUAAUCUUGUUAUUG